GGAACCCUGGCAGAGUGUCAGGUUUCUGUUGUCAGGCUGAACAACGAAAACAUUUCAUACUUUUUGGAAUUUGGCAGGCCUUUGUCAGUGCACGUAUCCUGCCGUUUAGCUCUCACACAAACUCUUCCCUGACAUUAUUCUAUUUUGAAGCAGCUCUCCUAUCUGGUAUCUGACAAACCGACAUGACGGUGACUUCAAACAAAAAUAUGACAGAAUGACUUUCCAGUAAAAUAUUCCACAGCCUCAGACACUGAACUCAACUGUGUGGUGGAGUUUUGUUUGCACAAGAUGGCAGCUGUAUCUGAACUCAGAAUUGUGAUUCUUGGAAAAAACAAUGAUGAUACGACAACGCUGAGCACUUUCAUCAGUGAAGGAUAUCACUGUCCUUAUCAAAAGACAAACAAGCAGUUUACUGAAAUUAAAGGAGAGUGGGGGAGAACUCCAUUCACUUUGUUGAAAACAUCAAAUAUCUUCAUUGUGCCUGCAGAAAGAGUGCAAUAUCAGAUAAAAAUGUGUGUGGCACACUGCCAACCUGGACCAAAUGUUCUGCUGCUGCUAGUGAAUCCUUUGGAUUUCACCGAGGACGAUAGACAAAAAAUGAAGUUCAUUGUGAGCUUCUUUGGUCAAGAUGCUUUUAAACACUCAUUGGUCAUCACAACACGUAAUGACAUUCGAGGGAAUUCCUCAGUGAACCAACUCGUCCAAGACUGCAGACAAAGACAGCACAAAAUCAGGCUUGAUGAAAAGUAUUUUCUUGAACACGAUGUUCAAGAACUGAUGAAACAAAUGGAGAAAAUAGUAAGUGAUAACAGGGGAUAUUUAACUUUUACUGAAGACACUGAUCCCGUUGUGGUGCCUAUAACUACAAAAUCCCCUCUAAACCUGAUUCUGUGUGGGAGAAAUGAAAGCUUGAAAACUUCAGCUGUUAAUGCCAUCCUGGGACAAAAAAAAUGUAUUCCAUCUAAUGGUUCAUCAGAGUUUAUCAGACACCAGGCAGAGGUUUGUGGACGUCGUGUUUCCGUGCUGGAGCUGCCUACUUUGCAUGGAAAACCUAAAGAGUUGGCGAUGAGGGAAUCGUACAAGUGUGUCUUCCUCUGUGAACCUGAGGGUGUCCACGCCUUCAUGCUGGCCCUCCCACUGGACCGUCCUACUGAUGAAGACAAGAAAGAACUGGAAGCCAUCAAGAAUACUUUCAAGAGUGUGAUCGAUAAGUUCACUGUCUUGCUUUUUAUUGUUGAAAAUCCAAAUCUUGACCACUCUUCAGCAGUGGAGAAGAUUCUAAAGGACGACAAAGACAUCCAAGAGCUCUAUAGGCGCUGCGGUAAGCAACACAUCGUUUUUGACAUCCAAGACAAGCAUCAAGUCGCUGAUCUGUUGCGUACCGUGGAAACAAUGAGAACUGUCGGUUGCAGAAGCUUCACAAAAGAUAUGUUUCCAAAACCUCCACUAAAACCAGUUUCAAGACAUGCAUCCCUUUUAAAGCCAGAAAAUUAUAGACAUCGCUGGACACCACCUAUUAGGAUGGUGCAAAGCAGAGAGCCUCUCAGGAUGGUGCUGAUUGGGAAAACUGGUUCUGGGAAGAGUGCCACUGGAAACACCAUGCUGGGCAAACAGUGCUUUUAUUCAAAAGUCUGUCUGAAGUCUGUGACAGGUGUUUGUCAGAAAGAAACAGGAGUGAUUGAUGGGCGCCCUGUCGUGGUGGUUGACACGCCCGGCUUGUUUGACACGGUUUUGUCCAAUACAGAAGUUGAACAAGAGCUUGUUAAAUGUAUCAGCUUACUGGCUCCUGGACCUCAUGUGUUCUUACUGGUGGUGCAGAUUGGUCGCUUUACAAAGGAAGAAAAAGAUACAGUGAAGCUCAUUCAAAACUUUUUUGGUGAGAGGACAAAGGAUUUCAUUAUUGUCAUAUUCACCAGAGGAGAUGAUCUUCGAGGUCAAACAUUUGAGAGUUAUAUAAAAGAAGACAGCGAAGGAUUCCUAAACAAACUGUCAGCUGAUUGUGGAGGGCGAUACCAUGUCUUCAAUAACAAUGAUCAGAACAAUCGUUCUCAAGUCAGUCAGCUUCUGACCAAAAUUGAAUUGAUGGUGAGGAAGAAUGGUGGUGGCUACUACACCUCAGAAAUGUUUCAAGAAGCAGAGGCAGCAAUACAGAUGGAAAUGCAGAAGAUCAUGAAAGACAAAGCAAGAAAGAUAGAGAGUGAAAAGAGGGAUCUUAAAAGAAAAUAUGAGGAGGAAAUGCAAGUGAAGAGGAACAAAUUAGCACAGCUAACAGCCAAAUUUGAAGAAGAAAUAAAAGCAAACCAAGCCCAGGCAGCCAAAGAAAUGGAGGGUCGCAUUAAGAAACAGCAGGAAAAUAUGAAUAGAGAAAGAAAAAAGAGAGAAGAAGAAGAGACUGCUAUAAAAUUGGAGGAGGAAAACCAAAUUUACAAGUGGGAUAAAGAAGAUGAAGCUCUGCAGAAAGAAAUACAAAGACGAGCGAUUCCUGAUGGGAUUUUAUUACAGAACAGACAAAUAAUAAGAAAAGAAAGAAAGGCUUGGGAAGAGGAAAGAAGGGCAUGGUGGGACAAACAAUUUUUUGAGGAGGAAGAGAGACUUUGGGAUGAGCAGAGACGACUUAAAAAGCUUAGAGAGGAAUCUAUGCAGGAACUAGAGAGAUAUGAAAUCGAAAGAAAACAAGAGGAACAAAUCGGAAGAAAACAAGAGGAAAGACAACUGGAAGAAAACUAUAGGAAGGAACUGGAAGAAAUGAUGAGGAAACAUGAAGACGAGGCCAGAAAACAAGCUGAAGAAUGCAAUGAAUUCAGACAGAGAUUUAACCAGGAUAUAUCAGCUGAGAUGGAAAAAAAUAGAAAUGAAACAGAAGAUUUGAGGCAGAGUCAACAAAACCAAACUGACUUCAUGAUAAGGCAGCUCAGGAGAAAAAAGGCCUAUGACAAAGACUUUGACAAGCUGCAGAAAAGACAACAAAUUCAAAUGACUAACCUAAAAUUAUCAAGCUGCUUUGACAGUAAAGAGCAACUAAACAAGCAAAUAGAUGACCUGAAGAAAGCGCAUCAAGAGGAGAUAAAUGAGUGGAUUCAGGAACAUGUGAAGAAAGCCACACAAAAUAGCGCUUGUAGCAUUUUAUGAGAAGUUAUGUGUUUCAGUGUUGUUCAGUUUUUUAGUGUUCAGAUGUGAUUGCAAUAGCUAAUGGGUUUUGCACAUAAAGGUGAGAGUAGCUGCGAAAGCAAGGUUGGAUGUUUCACUUUUUAGACACUUUUGCAUUUUUUUGCCAUUUCACACAAAAACAUUUACUCACCAUACUGUUAAUAUAUACAUAUUAUUAUUUGUUAAGACAAUUGCAAAAGGAAGACUGAUGUAGAAUUGUUGGCAAAGCACAUUUAUUUUUAUUUUACCGUGAGUCUAUUUUUUUUAAAAUUGUGAUUCCAGUGAUAAAUUUAUCUACACAAAUAGGCAGAGACUACAAAAACAUUUUUGAAAAAUAUUGUUCUUAUUUUCCUAUAUUUUCUCUUAUAUUCAUCUUAUUAAUCACCACAUCGGGUAAGAAGGCAUGCCUUACACUGCAGUGCCAAUCAGCUGGAAAUUGCUACCUGUCACUUCGUUAAAUUGGUCACAAAGAGGCAAAAAUAACUAAGUAAUGGUGCUGCACAGAAAACCUUGUGAUUAUUGACUUUACUUUUUAGCUGGUGUUUCUAGCAGAUUGCCCUUGUUGAGCUUUGCACCAAAGGACAGCUAAGACGAGGAGAGAACACACUACGUAUAUGUAUGUGUGUCAGCUCUGUUGAAUGUAAACAUACAAACUGCGUAUUCAUUGAGAUAUUGCUGUAAUUUUAUAUCAGUGUGUUAUUGCACUAAGUUCUUCUUUUUGGCACACUCUUUAUAAAUGUUUUGGUUCCUUGUUUUGUUUUCUGUUAUCAUCAGCUUAUUUUUCAUCAUAUGUAAAUCUUCACUUUAAAUCUAGAAGAUGGUAUACAAAUAAAGCUUGACUGAUUAAGAAAAAACAAUCUUCACAGAGGUGAAAUAUAUUAAUAAAAGGUGACCGACCUGUAGGACCACUUAUUCUUUAGUUUGCAUUGACUUGUACUAUAAAUGAUGUGAAUGGAAUCAAACUGAAGUCUAAGUGCCAAAAGGACCAAAGUGCUGUACAGUAAAUAAAUUAAGAACAAUAGAAUGAAACAAAACAGUAAAAAAUAAAACACAUAAUACAUAAAAAUUAAAACGGCCCUAUAUUUAAAAACAAGAUAAACCUGCAUGGAAUCAACUAGAACAACUAAAACUAAAACCAACAUCUCACAUGGUGUCAAAGGCCAGGGUGAAGAGACGGGUUUUCAGGCAGGUAGAGAAGAAGCCUGUCUAAACUCUAAAGGCAGAUCGUUCCACAGUUUUGGAGCUGCUACAGCGAAAGCACGAUCUCCUCUAUGUUUACCCUCAGUCCUGGAUACAUUCAGGAACAGCUGAUCAGCUGACCUGAGCAAGCGGGUUGGCAUAUAAGGCUCUAGCAGCUUAGAGAGAUAAGACUGGCCUGGGCCAUGGAGGGCUUUAAAAGCAAGUAAAAGCAUUUUCAAAUGAAUCCUAAAAGAAAUAAACAGGAGAGUCCAGUUUAAUGGAUGAAUAUGCAUAAAUAAUAACUAACUGUAGUAGACCAAAAGUAGAAAAAAAGUACUGUUACAUUCUAACACUUCUUUCCUUUCUGAUAAAGCUGAACGCUGUGAGAUUCAAAGUUCAUUUCUUUGAUGCGUUAGGCGAUUACAUAGUUGGGCAAGUUGUUUCGCGUUUUAGGUGUCAUUACUGCAGAGAGAGAGAGAGAGAGAGGAACAGGCUGGGUGCUGCCAAAGUUUGUUUUUCUUCUUCAGGGAACCACAUAGCUUUACUGGUUGAGUCAAAAUCGAAAGACAACAAAUCACACUACAAACGUCACUAACAAACUGGAAAUAUCACAUGAACAUGCAUAUUUUACAUAUUUUUAAAACUUUUUUUGCUUUGCUGCAAAGUUUCUGCAAGCCAAUGGGAAAUGCUGAGAACAAGUCAGACAACUAACGACAUGCUGCAGAAACCUACAAAUCAUUGGCAGUAACAACCAGGAGAUGAGUCUGUGUUUGAAAGACAUUUUGCUAUACAUCCUUUAGUGGAUAAUGAUAAUAAUAUUAAUAAUAAUACCUUGGGUCAGUGGGUAGGGGUAAACCUUUAAAACCCUUUUAGCUGAAGUAGACUUAAAAAAACUGGUACAAUAUGAGUGCAUACAUGGGAUUAGUAUAGUUAAUUAUGUAUGGUGGUCUGUUUAGGUUACUUGUAAUUAAUAAUGGUGUAUGAAGUCUCAGUUUCAGUCUCAGUAAACUUUUGCCCAUUUGAAGCUGUGCUUUUAGAGUUAGUUUCACAACAGCAGGAACAUAUCUUGACUGUUUGCAUGUUUCAGAUUUAAUCCCAACAUUUCAUCCUCAUUCCACGUGAGCUAAAGUUACGAACAACCUCCUGUGGACAGGUUAUACUCGUUUUUACUGCCACAGUUUGUUUGUUUAGAGCCCCUAACAUUUGCCUUAUGGUUGUGUUUUUUAUUUAUUUACUUUAUAAUAAAAAGGUAUUUGAAACAACAGCCUGGGUUAUUUGUGUAUUCAUUAUUCAUUAUUCAUAUCAUUUGUGUAUUCAUGUGGCAAAGGAAGAACUUGAAAAAAUAACUGGCGAGAGAACAAGUAAAGCCAUAGUCAUAGAAAUACAUGAAAACACAGAGGCACAUUUG